CUAGAGACAUCCAGCUAAUCGAGGUUGCGUCGCGAAGAGAUAUAGCGAGCACCGCGACCGCGGCGGCUUCGGCUCGAACCUUACGGGCGACAGGUGGCGGUAGUGUCGAAGGUUGCGCGUCGUUUUCCGCCAUCUUUAGUUGACGGAUCCGAGAGCGAAGAGACAGGCCAAGAGAGCUCCGUGGCGAGAAGAGAUAAGGUGAAGAAGCGGUCGGUUGACGGGGGCAAAAGGGAAUUUGGUGGAUCGAGUGUCGCGGAAUCGAGCCAGCCGUGUCCUCGUUCGAGCACGAUUCACGAAAUCGUCUUCGGUCGAUCCUCGCGAUACGGUGUGGAUAGACUCUCCCGUAGGAGCCAUGAGUUACCAAAUGUCUUCGAAUCAAUCCAGACCAAUGUCUCACGGAAACUACCAAGGACCAGGCGAUCUGCCGAUGGGUUCUGCGAAAGAACAGACCCUGAUGUGGCAACAAAACUCGUACAUGGUCGACUCUGGUAUUCAUUCUGGUGCUGUGACCCAGGCACCUUCCUUGUCGGGCAAGGAGGAUGACGAAAUGGAAGGAGAUCAGCUAAUGUUCGAUUUGGAUCAGGGGUUUGCACAAGGUUUCACUCAAGAUCAGGUGGACGAAAUGAAUCAACAGCUGAGUCACACAAGAUCUCAGCGUGUUCGGGCAGCCAUGUUCCCAGAAACAUUGGAAGAAGGUAUAGAAAUUCCCUCUACUCAAUUUGAUCCUGCUCAACCCACGGCUGUGCAGAGAUUAGCGGAACCGAGUCAAAUGUUGAAACACGCGGUCGUCAAUUUGAUAAAUUAUCAAGAUGACGCGGAUCUAGCGACUCGCGCGAUACCAGAAUUGAUUAAGUUGUUGAAUGACGAGGAUCAGGUUGUCGUAUCUAAGGCGGCGAUAAUGGUACAUCAGCUUUCGAAGAAAGAGGCUUCUCGUCACGCCAUUAUGAACAGUUCUCAAAUGGUAGACGCGUUAGUUCAUGCGAUUUCGAAAAGCAACGAUCUCGAGUCGACCAAAGCAGCGGUUGGCACGUUGCACAACUUGUCGCAUCAUCGGCAAGGUUUGCUAGCUAUAUUCAAGAGCGGUGGCAUACCCGCCCUUGUCAAACUUCUCAGUUCUCAGAUGGAGUCUGUGCUCUUUUACGCCAUAACGACUCUCCACAAUUUGUUGUUGCACCAGGACGGCUCGAAAAUGGCGGUACGCAUCGCCGGAGGUUUACAAAAGAUGGUCGCGUUACUCCAACGAAACAAUGUCAAAUUUUUGGCCAUAGUUACCGAUUGUUUGCAAAUCCUGGCGUACGGUAACCAAGAGAGCAAGCUGAUCAUAUUAGCUUCCCAAGGGCCGAUAGAGCUGGUACGCAUUAUGCGUUCGUACGAUUACGAGAAGCUUUUGUGGACGACGUCGAGAGUCUUGAAAGUGUUGUCGGUUUGUCCGAGCAAUAAACCGGCGAUAGUGGAUGCGGGUGGUAUGCAAGCACUUUCGAUGCAUCUCGGUAAUCCGAGUCAAAGACUCGUGCAGAAUUGUCUGUGGACUCUGCGAAAUUUGUCCGAUGCUGGCACGAAAGUCGACGGGCUGGAAGUAUUAUUGCAAAGUUUGGUACAGGUGCUCAGCUCCACCGAUGUAAACGUCGUGACGUGUGCCGCCGGUAUCUUAUCGAACCUUACCUGCAACAACCAACGCAAUAAGGUAACGGUGUGCCAAGUGGGGGGUGUCGAUGCACUGGUACGCACUAUCAUUUACGCGGACAGUCGAGAGGAGAUCAGCGAACCGGCGGUAUGCGCGCUACGACAUUUAACGUCGCGUCACGGCGAGGCCGAAACGGCACAAAAUUCCAUUCGCCUGAAUUACGGAAUCCAAGUAAUAGUAAAGCUGCUACAUCCACCUUCUCGUUGGCCAUUGGUCAAAGCUGUGAUCGGAUUGAUUCGUAACUUGGCGUUGUGCCCUGCGAACCAUGGCCCUCUCCGCGACCACGGCGCCAUUCACCAUCUCGUGAGGCUUCUGAUGCGCGCCUUCCCCGAGACGCAACGGCAGCAACGAUCCUCCGUGGCGAGCACCGGUAGCCAGCAAACGUCGGCCGCUUUCGACGGCGGUGUCCGUAUGGAGGAAAUCGUCGAGGGGACCGUGGGAGCGCUUCAUAUUCUCGCGAGAGAAUCGCACAACAGGGUGAUCAUAAGAUCUCAGAACGUGAUUCCGAUUUUCGUGCAGUUGCUGUUCAACGAGAUCGAGAAUAUCCAACGCGUGGCAGCUGGGGUACUUUGCGAGCUUGCCGCUGACAAAGAAGGUGCCGAAAUGAUAGAACAGGAAGGUGCUACCGCUCCUCUGACGGAGCUGCUUCAUUCUAGGAACGAGGGUGUCGCGACUUACGCGGCCGCCGUUCUUUUCCGUAUGAGCGAGGACAAACCGCAGGAAUACAAAAAGCGACUCUCCAUGGAACUCACCAACUCGUUGUUCCGCGAAGACACGAAUCUAUGGAACAACGGUGACUUCGCGAUGCCCCCGGACUUACAGGACAUGCUUGGCCCUGAUCAAGGCUAUGAUGGUAUGUAUGGACAAGGACCUCCUAGCGUACACAGCAGCCACGGAGGUCGAGGGUAUCAGCCGCACGGUAAGUCACUGGCGUCAUCCUUUCUAUCCGAUUAUCGCUUCCGAACGAUCGAAAUGCUCGGUGGAACGUAGUAGCUGGAUUUAUAAAAUUUCUUUUCCCGAGAUAUGUUCACGGCUCGAUUUACCCGUAAUCUCCGACGAUACGUCAACUUUUCAUGAUACUCGCAUAGAAUCGCCUUACGCGAAUCGUCCAGAAUAAAUUUAAUCGAGAAUCAUAGAACUCGCCUUUCUUUUUCUCGUACUUGCAUCGGGAAUAGAUCUGUAUGGUAGUGCGGGUUCACGUGUGCUCUCGUGUCUCUUGUUUCUUUUUAUAAUACUUGUACUUACGUAUGACACGGAUUUCAAAGAAUUUCCGAUAACCCAUCUGUAAUACUAUCCCUUAAUAUUAGUCGACGAUAAGGAGAAAGCAACGCAUUUAAUUCAAUGUUGUUUUAACAGCAGCUUAACCCACGGACUUAUAUUAAAAUACAGGCUAUCAACAGUAUCUCGCAGUAACAUAGGUGACACUCAGCUCUUACAUACUAUUCUGUGCUUUUUAAUUAUUAUAUUAAUCGCUAUAUGUCUUUACACGCAUUUCAUUGUUUAUUCGUUUAAUAUCAUACACUGGUCGCUACACGUAUGUAUCCAUUGCUGAGUUCUGUAAAUUGUAUCCUAUUUGUAAUGCACGUUUUGCGAAUGCACUUUUUUUCUUUCUCGUUUAUAAUAACACAACGAACACGCAUACACACGAACGCGUACGCGCAAACACACACACACACAACACAACACUCACUCACUGUCACACACAUACAUGUGUACACGUACAGAGAGACACAAACAGAUUUAUAGGGUUCUCCGUAAUUUGUUGCUCACAAAGAAAUUUCAUGCAUGACGUAUUUUCGUUAUCUUUUUUCCUAAUUGAAUCUACUUUAUGGUGGAAAGAAGAAUAGAAAAACGUAUUCGUAAGUAAUUAGAUAAGGUUUACUUACGCGAACGUGUCGAGAGAACGCGUUCGGUCACAUAAACACUAUCGCGUGAAUAAGAACAAUUAUACUUGUCCGUUUAUCGUUAUUUUUUCUCCUCCGUUUCGUUCGUUUCUGUAACAAUCGUCGUAGACGUAGAUAUUAUCGCGUGUCCAACGUCUUAUUUCACGGGAAAGUAUCCGAAGUAUUAGACAUAGUUUCACCUGUCGGUUACUUCUCAACGAUUUUUCCUCGUAACCUCGGUGACUUUUUGCUUUCACGCGUGUGACGUUCCGCUUUUCGUUUUGAAUCGCAUCGUUAUCGAAAUUACCGUUUGUCGUGACGUUUAUCCCCGUAGAUCUCGCGAUGGAAAAGCAACGAAUCACUCUUUAUUUAAUAUUUUUUUG